AUAAAUAAACAGCAGCGCCCCCGGUGCCUCUACCAGUCUACCCACACACACACAUAGGCCGGGUCAGAGUUCCAUCAGAGCAGCUAGCCAUGGCGCCCUACGAUUCCGAGCCCCUUGAUCACUCCCUGGAGCUCCAUGAGCUUCACUACCAGCUGAUCCUGAUACAGCACUGGUGUGGCACUAGCAAAGCAAACCAAGUAGAAGUCGCAUCUCCCGGAGGCUUUAACAAGCUGGGAAACAUGGUCGCUAACGAUUGGGAUCUAGAAGAUCCCUGCCAAAACGGGAAAAUAGUUGCGCACGCUAAGGGUCUGCAUGUCCAAGCUAGCAGAGAAGAAGCAAGCUGGCAUGCUUCGUUUGACAUCGUCUUCGAGCAAGGCAGCGGGUUGGAAGGGUCCACACUCCAAGUAAUGGGGCCUAAUGUAUUCAAGGGAGAGUGGUCAAUCGUUGGAGGCACCGGAAAACUUACUAUGGCUCGAGGCGUCAUAUACAAGAAAUACCUAACGACGGUCGAUAGCACAUCCAAAAUUGACCUUCAGAUCCAUGCCUUCUACAUCCCCAUGGAACGAAAAGAUGCCGGAACUUCUGGAAAAAAUGUUUGGCGCUGGUAAUUAAAAUGACCGGCGAUGUAUCGUUGUUGCAGACGGCAUAUGUGUGUGUACCAACUUUGAGAUGUAUGGAUCGGAGAAUACUCUUCCUGUGCUUUUAUUAUAUAGUAUUUAUUUUCAAUAUAGGAUUCCGCAGAAGAAUCCAUAUAUGUUGUGUUCUUUCAACUCCGGGGUACGUGGUCGUCGUCAAUAAAUAGUGUGGUACUAUUUCGUGUGGAUGUAGUGUGUGCCACUAUUGUUUUUCUUCACGGAUGGAGUAUAAAAGUUCAGAGGUGUUGUCAUUGCUUAGUGCUAUCAACAACCAUGUUUGACGAGAAAUCCUCACUUUUAGGUCCUGUUUGUUUUAUAAUGCAGCUUAUAUAUAUAGUCAUAUAGAUUAUAUAA